UUGAGAUUUGAAAUUUCAAUGUCAGAGACAGAGGUGUAUUUCUGUUCACUUGUAAGUGUAACUAGCAAACAACGGCUGAGUGUGCCUGGUCCAGUGGCAGUGCUGAAUGAAGAUCCUUGCCUAAAUGGGGAUGGAAAAAUGAUGGUAGAAGAUUUGCACUGACUUCUACGUAGAGCUACGCGGAGACACUUUCUCUGUGGUGACGAUGCCACCCAAAGGCCUAUCAAUUGAAGAUGUGCAGGACGAAGAUUUGUAUGCGUUUCUUCAUGUACAGGAAAAAGCAACUGAUAAGGAGCUUGAGAGUGCAUACAGAAAGCUUGCUCUGAAGUGGCAUCCCGACAAGAACCCAGACAAUGCGGAAGCUGCUGAUUUAUUCAGGAAGCUUGUCAAAGUUACUGAGAUCCUCAAGGACAAGGAAGCGCGUGCGGCGUAUGAUCAACUGCGCCGUGCCCGCCAUCUGCAAGAGCUGCGCAAGAAGGAACUGAAUGCGGAGCGCCGGAAACUGCGAGAAGAUUUGGAGCGCCGGGAGGCAGCCCACAGUGACAAUGUCGUCAGCGAGCGACAGGCUCGAGAGGGACUGGCCGCCAAGAUACUGCGCCUCAAGGAGGAAGGUGCCGCGCUGGUCAGAGCGUCUGAACAGAAGCUACGUGACGAGUGGGCCCAGACACAGGCUGAACAGCUGGCUGCCGCUAGCGCCGCAGCUGAGGCAACAACCGCUCAAGUUCAUGCUGUGAAGGUUCGUUGGAAGAAGAGCAAAGCGUUUGCAGAGGACGACAUCCGACGGCUUCUCUCUCAGUUUGGUACACUUGGUGACGUGGUCAUGUCGGCAAAAGGUGGUCGAGCCCUCGUGGAAUUUGAGAGCCAUUCGUGUGCCGCCCUGGCUGCGGAGACCGGUUGCCCCGAUCUCACCAUCACACUGCAAUCAUCUGCUCCUGCUGACGCGGAAGCGACGCCUGCCGCAUCGUCACCGUCGCCAGCAUCGCACACGCAGGCCAGCAGCAAUUCGCCAUUACGCAGACCUCCGCCUGCUAUGUUUGCCUCCGCAGCUGCUUCAGCAGUGCCACCUCCGUCGACGGCAGGAUCCCAUAACACGCCCGCUUUCCCAGCGGCAAAGCGGAAAGUCACAGAAGAAGAGGUGUUUGCCAUGAUGAGGCUUGCACAGCAGCGAAAAGACCAGCAAGCUGCAGAUCAGUAGUGUCUGCUGACCAGUAGUGUCUGCUAUACUCUAUAGUAUAGUACUCUGUAUUAUAGCGUACAAUCGUACAUGUACAUACAGACCAGGGAGUCGUAAAAUACCUACUCUACGACUUCCUGAUGCAGACCAGUGUAAAUCCUCUGCAUAAAGACCAGCAAGCUGCAGACCAGUAGUGUUGCCUGUCUGCUAGCAUACAUGUACAUACAGACGAGUGUAACUCCUUUUUUCUUUUUUUGACGAGUGUAAAUCCUCUGCAUACAGCACAGAUGAGUGCAAGUCCUGUACAUACUGUAUAUAACACAGAAGAACCUUUACUACCGGUCACAGUGCUCGAGACCACACAACCCCGACUAUAGCCCCAGUCUCCUGAUGAUUGCUUUUCAGCAUAAAACUCGUGAGUAGAGACAUUUAAUCACUUUUUUAAAGUUUUUUUGUUCGACCGGAUUUUCGUGCAUACUGUAUAUAAGAUGUACAAUGGCAUGUACAUACCAUGUCCCUCCAUCUACCACCCAUGACUUUCUCGAGGUGAUAGAACACAUGUAUAAUAGUACAAGGCCGUCACAGGCGGCUGAGGCCGCCCCACUUUUGCAGCCGAUUUUUAUUUAUUUUUAUUUUUUGGUGCUCACUGUAACAUUAAGUCUGAAAUGGCACCAAAUGCCCUGAAAUGCU